AUAGUCUCUCCAUUUCACCAUCGUCGUUGGAUAGAGAUUGAGAUAGAGCUAGCUAGAGAGGGACUGAAAAAAUGUCUGCUUCACUCUCAUUUCUUCAGAGUGCUUGCGCUUAUACGCAACAACUAUCCAUGUCUUCCAUGGCAAAACCUCGAGCUACCCCUUCCUCCUACAAGCCCCUGCUCGUUCAAGCAAAAACCCGAACACGUACAGAAGACAGAGUUGCUCGCCAUAUUCGUCUCAGGAAGAAGGUAGAAGGAACAACAGAAAGGCCAAGGUUGUGUGUGUUCAGGUCCAAUAAACAUCUCUACGUGCAGGUUAUUGAUGACUCAAAGAUGCAUACACUUGCUUCUGCUUCAACAGUGCAGAAACCCAUUUCUGAUGAGUUUGAAAUUACUUCUGGUCCAACAAUAGAAGUGGCAAAAAGAGUUGGUGAGGUUAUUGCAAAGGCGUGCUUAGAGAAGGGGAUUACUAAAGUGGCGUUUGACAGAGGUGGAUACCUCUAUCAUGGACGUAUUGAAGCCAUUGCGGCUGCUGCCAGAGAAAAUGGCCUUGAGUUUUAGGAAAUCUUUCUUGUUUAAUAUCAACUUGAAUGAUCAAAUGGUACAUUUUGCUGUUGUUAUUGUUAACAUGAAUUCUCGACUUUUAUGUUUGUAAAAUUGAAGAUGGAGUGAUCUUGAAGAUAAUCAAAAUGUUGCUUAAA